CUUCUGGAGCACAUGCAACGCAACCCUACUUGCUGACCUCCUCCUCCUGGCUCUCCUGCUCACCGGCCACCACACCGCCACCCUCCUCUAUAUAAACCCCUGGCGCCCCACAGGCCAAACUCCAUGCCCAACCAUCCAGCAACGCUCACCUAGAAAACUGUUACCCACCUAUUAAUUUGAAGAUCAUUUGUAGACACCACCACACUCCUCUGCUGUUUCUUAACAGCUGCAAUUGCAACCUGCAUAUACCCAGUGUGAGAUUCUGAGCGAGCGGCGUCGAUCGCUCGCAUCGCAUCGCAAGCAAGCGAGCAAUCAAGAUGAAGACGAAGGCCUCGGCGUUCUUGAAGCAGAUGGUGUCGACCAUCGUGGCGGCGGUGAAGGCCAAGUCCACGGCGGUGCGCGUCAAGACCAGCGCCCUCAAGACGCGCCUCCUCAUCCUCGGCAUCCUCCGCAACAAGAAGAUGCUCAUGGCCGCUAUCAACCACAAGAUCCACGCCAUCAUGGGCAACCAGCACCAGCAGCAGCUGGCGGACAAGGACGCCGCCACCGGCGACGGCGACGACAGCGCCAAGAAGGCCAUCGUGCUGUACGCCGCGCCGAGCUUCUCCGACGCGGAGCUCGUCGCGCACGAGGUGGAGGCCCAGGACGAGGAGGACAGCGACGACUACCUGACGCACACGCUGUUCGCGGAGGAGGAGGACGAGCUGGUGAGCGCGCCGGGGUCGGUCAUCGACGUGAUGCGCGACGCCAGGGAGAGGGAGGACGGCGAGGGCGCCGAGUUCCGCCUCGAGGACGAGAUCGACCACGUCGCCGACGUCUUCAUCCGCCGCAUCCACCGCCAGCUCAAGCUCCAGAAGCUCGACUCAUUCAAGCGCCUCUGCGAGAUGCUCGAGCGGGGCGCCUGACGAUUGAUCAAUCAAGCAUGCAUGGAGGCCAAGAUUCGUACUGAGCUGAAGCUAAGAUCAAGUUUAUAUAAUUAUCAGUUACUUAAUUAACGUGCAUGGAGUGGUGGAUUAAUCCCGUGCAUGUAAUUAAUGUAAGUAGAAGGAAGAAUAAAGGUGGGCAGGGCGAGAAGAUGCUUUCCUUAAGCAAGGGUUUACAUAAGUAGUAGAGGGAUGGCAGCUGGGUUUAACAACUGUAGUCUUGUUCUUUGGUUCUUUUGGGGGAACAUUGGUCAUGUGCUCAAAGCUUUCAAGGAAUCAAUAAAAGCGAAAAAAAAAAGAGAGAGAGUGUAUAGAUUGGACAAAUGUGAUUGGAUGAACCUGAGGGAGUUCUUUC